AAACCCAUCUAAAACCCUUCACAGUUCUUCCGUGCAGUCUCCGCCUUCCGCCGCUCGCGCCCCUUCACAGCGUAGGGUUUCCUCAGCUCCGCCCACCAUGGCGCGCGCCGCCGCCUCCAUGCUCGCCGCCGCUGCGACCUCCUCGUCGAAGUCGAAGCUCGAGGUGUUCUCCCGCCACCUCGCCGCCGCCUCCUCAGCGUGGGGCGUCCCGUCGCGGAUGCCCGAUCCAGCGAGGGAUAGGAGGAGCCCGAGUUGGUGGUGCCCGAGCAGGUCAUUCCAUGCCACAAUGAGGGUGAAUACAAGGGAUUACUAUGAUGUGCUUGGAGUGAGCUCAGACGCCUCUGCAUCGGACAUAAAGAAGGCAUAUUAUGGUCUUGCAAAGAAGUUCCACCCUGAUACCAAUAAAGAUGAUGAUGGUGCGGAAAAAAAAUUCCAAGAAGUUAACCGCGCCUAUGAGGUUUUGAAGGAUGAUGAUAAGCGUGAAACAUAUGACCAGCUUGGAGCAGAAGCUUAUGAGCGCCAAGCAUCAGGUGGUGGCACAGAUGACUUUUCUGGUGAUCAUCCAUUUGGUGACAUUUUUACUGAUAUCUUUGGCAAUGUAUUCACCUCGAGAGGAGGUCAAGAUGUCAAGAUUCCUAUUGAAAUAUCGUUCAUGGAAGCUGUCCAAGGAUGCAGAAAAACUAUUACAUAUGAGGCUGAUGUUCUCUGUGAUACUUGCAAUGGAAGUGGUGUUCCUCCUGGUACUGUACCUCAAACAUGUAAAGCCUGUAGAGGUGCUGGUGUGACAUUUGUUCAGAGGGGUAUAUUGAGUCUUGAAUCUACUUGUUCUCGGUGUGGUGGAAGUGGAAAAAUUGUGAAGAAUUUUUGCAAGACAUGUAAAGGUGAACAGCUAGUGAAGAGGAAAAAAUCAGUCAAACUUGACAUAUUUGCUGGAAUUGAUGACAAUGUCACUCUGAGUCUUCGUGGUCAGGGCGGAGCGGAUGUCGAGCGCAAUAAACCUGGUGACCUUCACGUUACUAUCAAGGUCAGAGAGGAUCCUAUCUUCCGUAGAGAUGGCAACCAUGUACAUGUUGAUGCUGCUCUAAGCAUGGCCCAGGCUGUGCUUGGUGGAACUGUCACAAUACCGACCCUUACGGGAAAUGUUUCAGUCAAGGUUCGCCAAGGUACUCAACCAGGAGAGAAGAUUGUCCUGCGGGGCAAAGGACUAAAGGCGAGGAAUUCUUCGUCCUACGGGAAUCAUUAUGUGCACUUCAACAUCAGAAUCCCAACGGAGCUGACACCACGGCAGCGGGAGCUGAUGGAGGAGUUUGAUAAAGAGGAGAGCAGCGACGGGGCGAGAUUCGCGGCUGCCUCUGGAUGAGAGAUUUUUGUGCCCCCCUCAUUCAUUGGUUAUCAUUACCACACAUAAGUCAGAUAGCCCUGCUGCUUGAAGUUGAAGGGCUUGGUAUACCUUACGCAUGUCUGUAGGCGUUUAGAUGGUCUGAAUUUUGCCCUGUAUAAUAUACACGCUAUCAUAACUGAUGAGCCUAAAUUAUUGUAAACCUCUGACUUAUAGUCACCAUUGUAACAAGGGUUGAUUCGAUAAAUGACACUUGGCAGGUAUAAGUAUUCAAAAAACAACAGAGGACGUUAGAAUCGACCGAAGCAAUAUUCUUUUUUUUAAAGCAAAUACAGCAUUUUUGGAAGAGAAAUGUAUCAAUGCGGUCUUGGCAUUGUUUUUGGGUGAGAAUGUA